AUGCAUGAUGCUAAGGUCAAAGAAUUAGAGCAAAAAAAUUCAGAGCUUGAAACCAGACUUGUGAUAGUGGAACAGAGUUUCUUGGUGAUGGGUGGACAGCCACAGGACAACAAGGAAAUGAUUGCAGAGAUGCUACCAGAGAUAAUAGUAUCAGAUAUUGAUGUAUCCGAUUCCAUAAUAGAUCAACUCAAGAAACAUACACCUGUUUAUUAUGUGAUUUCUGAAAAUUUGAAAAGUUUUGAGGAAACUAUAACAAAUUUGUUACAAUUAGACUAUGUAUACACAAAUACCUCUGAAGUAUUAGAAUUGGAGCAUGAUGACGAAAUUGAUAUAGUCAACACAAAGCAAAUUAUAGAACAAG